AUGUCGACACGCCGAAAGCGUGGCGGCAAAGCCAAGCCGGCCGCUGCUGCUCGAGAGGUGGAUCUACCUGCCACUGACGACACUCCUCAGCUCGUUGAAGAUCCGGAUCUGGGCGCCCCGCCGGCCUCGUUGGCCGCUCGAGCAGCCGACGCAGUCUCGCCUCUCGUCAAGGCCAUACGAUCCUCCGCGAAGACCGUUCUGCGUCUUGUUGAUGAGGGUGACGACCGGGGUAGAACGCUGAGCAGCUUGAAAGAGACGAACGGAGUGCGCGGCACCGCCGGCGAUGACGGCAUCCUAGGGACAAGCGACACAGCAGCGGCUGCUGCGCAUGCCGAUCAAGACGUCCUGCCCUCUGAAGCCCAGGCUGUGGCGGCCACGCCGGCUCGCAGCUGGGGUGCACGUCUGGCGUUUGACGAGGCUGGCGCAGACGCGCCGCCGCCCUCCGGUGGUCGAGCGGCUGCCGCCACGCCCAGCAGCGGCGCUGCAGACGGCGACUGCGGCUGCGGGCGCAGCCGCAGCCGCAGCCCUGAUCUCAGUGCCGAUGAUCAGGAGGAAGCGCAGGAGCAGGCGCCCCCUUCCGCUGCCCCGAUCACGUCGCCGCUGCGCCGCGCCCUCGGCCGAACCGCCGCUGGCGCAGCCCACGCCGCGCGCCGCGCCGGCCCCGGGCGCCUGCUGCUCCUUCUGCUGCUGCUCGCGCUCUGUGGUGUGCUGCUCACGCAGCGCGCGGCGAUGGGGCGGCAGGCGCGCGCCCUCGCCAGCUAUGAGGGGCACAUGCAACGGCAGGCCCAAGAGCUGUCGGCGCUGAGGGGACAGCUGAGUGAUCUGCAGGCAUCCAUCUCCAGAGACGUCGCUGCCAGCCUGCAGCUUGCCCAGGCGCGUGCUGAGCAGUGCGCGGCAGAGGUCGGGUCGCUGAGUCAAGGGCAGGAGAGGCUUGCUGCGCAGCUCACCGCGCUGCAGGCAGCCGCGCGGCGGGCCGUUUCGGCGGGCGCGGCGCGUGGGAGUGCCGAAGGCGCAUACGCUGGAGGGGCGGUUGCGGCCGGCAGCUCAGGGACAGCACAUGAGGAGGCUUCCGACGCACCACUGGGUGGAGGGGAGUGGGUGUGGCCGAUGCCUGCGCGGCCGGCCAGCAGCCAGGCUCUAGAGGCGCAACUCGAGCAGAUCGUCAGGCAGCGGCUGCCAAUGCCAGACUUGGCGCUGGCCGCGUGCGGCGCCACCGUAGCAGCGCACUCCCCGCUUUACGUGCAGCACCUGCCCUGGCACGAGCGCCUGCGGCUUCGCCGGCAGGCGGCCGCGGAGGUGGGCGGCGGGUGGCGCGCGCGUGCCGGACACCCGGCCGCUGACGCGCUGCUGCUCUCGCCGCGGCAGCUGCCGGGCAGGUGCCUGCCCCUCGUGCUGGGCGCCGACCCGUUGGAUCCGCCGGCGUUUGUGUCCAUCCGCCUGCCUGGGCUAGCCAACAUCACAUCCGUUGAGCUGCACUUACUCCUCGCAGCCCAGCCGCCCGCCACUUCUGGUAGCGGUGGCAGCAGCGGCCGCCGCGGUGGCACAGGCACCGCACCAAAAGAGCCGCCCAGGUGGGCGCUGCCCGCCACUGCCCCAAGGGCAGUGCGGGCGCAGCCAUUCAACAGCUCAGACGGCGACGGAGGCGCUGCAAGUCACCCAAGGGUUGCCACAGGAGAACCUGAUGCCGCCGGUCUUCCCCCAGGCACUGAGGCGCCUUCCUCGGGCGGCUCAUUCGUCUUGAUCGAUGCAGCCACUCUCAACACUCAGCAGAGGGCGGGAGCUGCGUCUGUCACAGCGGGUAGGGCCAAGGUUGAGCUGCCCGUUGCAGCCGACGGUGGGGCUGUUAUGGCAGACGGUGUGCGGCUGGAGGUGGCAUCCGCUCAGGGGGAGGGGACCUCGUGGGUGUGCCUGCACAGGGUCACUGUGAGGGGCGCCAUUCUGGGUGCCGAGAGUUUCUGCCAGUGA